AUGUAUGAGAAAUUUGAACAGGGAAAACUUUUACAAGUUAGUUUGCUUAUAAACUUAGAAAUUACUCUUCAAGCUUUUCAAGAAAAAAUAAACGAUAUCUAUAUCGAAUAUGCAAACCAGUAUAACAUUGACGAAGGAGAAUACCAUCUCGAUAUUAUUUAUGACAGGAAAAAUGCAACUGUUAAAAUCAAUAAAAUAGAAGACCUUGGAGAAAACGUUUAUAUUUCUACAAAAUAUAACAACUUGGCAUGGUAUAGAUUUAUGAGGAUGUUAAAUCAGCCUGCAGCAUAUCCAGUACACCCGGACUAUUAUGAAGUCGAAAACCCUAAUGGAACAUAUGAAAAUAUUUUCGACCAAGAUGCUAUUAUUGUUCAUGCUUCAUUUUCUGGCGCCCAAAACUCUUUCUUAUGCUUGGCAAAUGACUUUUACGAAAAACCUACAAAGUUAUACGAACCACCAAGUGGAAGUAUUUCAGACUUUCAAGUAUGGUUUACUACAGAUGGAAGAAAAAGAAUAAUUCCAUUAUACCAUGCGUUUUACUUAGAACUUAGUUUCAUAUACAACUACUAUCGAACGGUAAAAAUAUAA